AUGCCAUUCAGAAAGCAUUGGUUACCAAUACUUCGUGAUUUAUCACAUGCUUUUCAACGUUCAAUGAUAGAACAUUGGCCACGACAAGUUGUACCCAAAGUCCACUAUUGCACGGAAUAUGAUCAAGUAAUUAGUGACUAUGGUCCUGCAAUUAAACAAUGGUCAAUGCGUUAUGAAUCAUACCACUUUUACUUCAAAAAAAUAGCACUUAGAACCAAUAAUUAUAAAAAUUUGCAAAAAACUUUGGCUACUCGUUAUCGAUUAAAACAAGCAUUUUCAUCAUUUAAGAUGACUCAACUUAAUCAUAAUGAUCAAGCUAUUAAAAUACAAAAAAUUAAAAAUAAUAUUUUUAAUAAUGAAAUGAAAUGUGCCAUAAUCAGUCACUUUGGUAAUAUAGACAUGUCAAAGGAUCUACUUCAGUGUCAUAAAUUUCGUUAUGAAAAUAUUGAAUAUUGUCGUUCUAGUGUUUAUAUCAUAUCUUUAAUGAAUUUAACUGAAACACCAAAAUUUGUUCAAGUAGUAAAUAUUAUUAAACUUACGCACAAAUGGUGGUUAUUAGUCGAUAUGUUGGCAACCAUUGGUUACGAUGAUAAACUAUGUGCUUGGGAAAUUAAGUCUAUGGAUAAAUAUGAUAUAUUAGAUCCAUGCUCGAUGAAAUAUUAUUACAAAGGACUUGACAUUUAUGAGAUUGAUAAUUCAACUUUUGUUACAUUUACAGCUCGUUUAACUUUACAUUAA